AAGAAAGACAUGCAGGAAGACGGCAUCCUACAGCAAAAGAUAAACCGCACCCCAAACACGCUACUGUGUAUUUAAAAGCCAUCUAUCUCAACGUCAAUGCCAUCCCGCCACGUGACGCCAGACCCCCAGCAAAGACUGAAAUAGCUACCAAGCAACAUCGAUAGCUGUCAAUAUCACCGCAACACCUGGUCGCAUUCGUGGAUCGUGUCGCCAUGAAGUUGAUCGGCCAUUGCGUAGGGCUACUUUUAUUUGGAAUAACAUCGUGUCAAGUUUGGAUCCCAAAACGUGAACUAGGGUUUGUAUACAACAGAGGAAAGGCAGAUGCCCCUGUUAGAGUCGACGCCUUCCUGGAUCUCCUUUGUCCCGACAGUAAGCGAGCCUACGGAGUCAUCCGACAAGUGGCUGAACACUAUGGACCAGGUGUGCUCCAGUUGCGAGUUCACAUGUUCCCCUUGCCGUAUCAUAAGAACGCAUUUGAUGCUGGAAAGGGAGCGUUCGUCGUGGACAGGUUGACGGAGGGCAACAAGACGUACGAGUGGUUCAACAACGUCUUUGACCACAUGGGUAGUUUCUCUAACAGCUUCACCCACGGGGAGACAGGGAUGAAGGUGUUCAGUGACCUGAGCUCCUUGGCCCAAACACUCGGGAUCAACAAGAACGACUUCAAGGAGCUCAUGACAACGAAUCCCGAAUUAGAGCUCGAGGCGCGUCUAGCCUGGAAAUAUGGCUGCACACGCGCCAUUCACUCCACUCCUAUGGUGAUGAUCAACGAUAUUCUUGUUAACGCCAAUCAUCCAGAAAACCUAUCAUUUGAUCAGUGGAUAACGAUCAUUGACCCUUUGCUGAAACGAAGACCUAAGGCUGGAAUAAAAAUAAUUAGACUUCAUAAGGAGAAUUAAUUUAUCUUGCUGACAUCUCUUCACGUCUCAACACGGGUGGACCCACCAGCGCAGUAUGGGGGACUCUCAACUUGCUCACAUCUAUGUCAGGAACUUCAGUCAGCGUCUUGAUCCGGCAGUAUUAUAUGAACAUGCAGAGCAUCAUUUGAAAUUCCACUGCAGGUGCUGCACGACCGCACUAAUUGGUCAAAUAAUGUUGCUCGCUCGCACCAAUUCUUCAAAUAUUACAGCACGCGGCACUGAUUGGUCAAAUAAAGCUGCUCGUCCGCACCCCUCCUUCAAAUAAUGCACCAUGUCCGCACAAAUUGCUCAAAUAAUGCAUAUCAUCCGCACAAAUUAUACAAAUAAUCCAAAAUGUCUGCACCAAAUAUUCAAAUAAGCAAUAACAUAUAUGUUUUUGCUUUAGUUUAGAUAUGCCCAUUCUACUUGUGGUACUGGUAUAUAGACAGCUGGUUUAAGCAUUAUUUCCAUAAAACAGCCAUAAAUACCACAAUCAAAUACCACUGUACAUCUUCUUUGAAAGUUAGCAAUGUGUCCAUUAAAACCAUUUUACAAAACCCAAA